UGUUGGGCUGCUCGCGGUCUGAAGUGUAACUUCCGGUCUCACCUGCUCGACAGGUAUCAAACAUGGAGGACAAACACAAGCCAGCGACAUAAACACGACUGCUAUUUGUUCAAAUAUCUGCUAAUAUCCACCCAUAAUCCCUCGCUUGUGAUCAUAUAUGUCCAGUUAUUGUCAUGGAUGUGAACGGAAGCUCGUUUAAAGGAGGUUUAUCGUGUAUUCUCGUCAGUUUCGUGCUGUGGAGGAGUGUGUGCUGUAUCUCAGUCGUGGCUCCAGCAGAGGUCAGUGUGGUCAGAGGAGCCACCGUCACUCUGUCCUGCUCCUUCACCUCCUCCAGAUCCAUCACCAGCCUCAUGUCCAUCGACUGGACCUUCAGACCCGAGAGCGGAGGGCCUGCCAUACUGUUCUUUCACUUCUCGUCUCAAGCGUACCUGCCGGACGAUGAUUAUUUUAAGGGUCGUGUGAAGUGGUCCGGCAGCCCGUCGCGAGGCGAAGCAUCAGUACAGCUUCUGAACGCCUCUCUCACUGAUAACGGCACAUACACCUGCGCCGUACGCAACCCCCCCGACGUGCACGGACACCCGGCCCAGACCGUCCUCACCGUCACACCCCAGAGACGCUCGCUGACGUUCACAGAUGUGGGUGUGCUGCUGGUGUUUGUUCUGGGUCCGUCAGGAAUCAUCACGCUGGUGCUGCUGGGACGGAUCCUGUGUCCGUGCGGCUCUGUGUCCGAGAAGCGUCCCGCCGCCGCCCAUCACUCGCCCAUCGAGGAGGUCACUGGAGAGGAGUACUUCUACGGUCAGACACCGCAGAAACACCGUCUGUGCUGCUGCUACUUCCAGGACCUUGAAUAUGAGGAUGACUACAUGCAUGAGAAACCAUAUGAACACAGCUUCACUGAGUCACAGUGUUAGACGAGCAGCUCGUGUGUGUGUGUGUGUGUGUGUGUGUGUGUGCGCGCAGGUGUUUAUUGCAUGGAUAAAGUUUACUAAAGCCCAGACGCUAUUGUGCUGAAGAGACUUUUUCUUGAGUGGGUGAGUUUGGUAAUUUAUGACAGAAACAAUGGACUGUGUUACUGUAACCUGUGACUCAGAAGAUCUACAUACAGCUUCACCUCAGACGGUCACAUGAUCACUCUCUGGAGAGAUUGGAGCGUUCUGAUUGGCUGAGAUCUGAUGUGUGUGUAAUUGUUAAUCUGAUGGACAGAUCCUGUUUAAAUAAAUAUAUCUUUGAUCCGUG